AUGAGAACGAGAGAGAAAGAAAAGAAAAUUGACUAUAGGAAGAAAGAGAGAGAGGGUCAGGAGCGUGAGAGCUCUGAUACCAUGAAAUUUGAGAUCGACCAUCUCAACAAUGAACAUUUGGUAUCUGUAGAAGGGUACCAUGACGAAGAGUCUCGUGUCAUUCAAGCACUUCAAUUUAAAACUAACAUCAAAACUUCUGAGCUGAUUGGAUAUGAAAAGGGUAAGAAGUUUUCGCUUGGAGAAAAGGGAAAGAAAAUCAUUGGGUUUCAUGGCUACGCUGAGAUGAACCUCAACUCUCUCGGAGCAUAUUUCACAACAGUUUCUAUUACUAAAUCGGCAAAGCAUGGUGGUAAUAUUGGACAUCAAUGGGAUGAUGGUGUUUUUGGCGGCAUACAGAAAGUGUAUGUUGGUUGUUGUAUGAAUCGUGUAAAAUGUAUCACUUUUGACUACAACAAUGGUCACACAAUUGUUAAGCGUCAGCAUGGGUGGAGCACAUCAUUCCUAGUAGAGUUUGAGCUGGACUAUCCAAAUGAAUUUAUCACAUCUAUGGAUGGGACUUUCACAGGCUCUCGUGCAAUCAAAAUGAACAUUACUUCUUUGGUUUUUAAAACAUCAAAAGGCAGAAGUUCUCCGACAUUUGGAAUCGUGACUAGGACCAAAUUCGUGUUGGAGACCAAAGGCUGUGCUAUAGUUGGUUUUCAUGGAAGAACCUUUUUUGAUUCUCUUUCUGCUAUUGGAGCAUAUUUUGCUUCAUUGCCUCUUCCUCCUACUGCGGAGAAACUAGAAGCACGAGGUUAUGAUCGAGGAGCUUGUUGGGAUGAUGGUGUUUAUGAUGGUGUUAGAAAAAUAUAUAUAGGACAAUGUGAAAAUGGUAUCGCAUUCCUCAAGUUUGUGUACGACAAAGAUGUUCGAAUGGUUAUUGGAAACGAUCAUGGAAACAAAACACCACUUGAAGUCAAAGAGUUGGAGCUCGAGUUUCCAGAUGAACACAUCACAGCCGUAGAGGGUUUUCGUGGUAAGGGAAAUAGAAGUGAAGUCGAGGUUAUAACAAUGCUAAGGUUCAAGACCAACAAACGAACAUCUAUAUCCUUUGGAUUUGAAUCUAGAUCAAGCUUUGUGCGCAAGAAAGAAGGAUACAAAAUCGUUGGGUUUCAUGGAAAAGCAAGUAACAUGAUUCAUCAGCUUGGGGUCCAUGUGGUGCUCUCUACUUAG